AUGUCCACAUGCCCUGAAAGAUGUAAUUCGCGUCACAUACGCAUGCGUUGGAUUGAGCAAGAUUUAGAUCAUUUUGACUCAAAAGAAAAAAGGAGAUGGAAAAUGAGAUACUUUGAGAGGCUUGACCUUUGGAAACCAGGAGGCCCUAUAUAUUUAUUUAUAGGUGGCGAAGGAAGAAUUUCGCCGCAUUGGGCAAUGUAUGGGCUAACGUAUGAGUUAGCCCAAGAAUCAUAUGGCGCUAUCUAUAUAUCAGAACACAGAUAUUAUGGUGCAAGUAAGCCAUUUAAUGACACAAAUGUAGGAAAUUUUAAAUUUCUAACAGUAAAACAAGCUCUUGCAGAUUUGGAAUAUUUAUUAAAACAUAUAAAAGAACAACCUGAUUUUAGCUAUUCUAAAAUUGUAGUUAUUGGUUGUUCAUAUUCUGGAAACUUAGCAGCUUGGAUGAGGUUGCUCUAUCCAGAUUUAGUUGAUGCUGCAAUAGCUGGUAGUGCUCCUGUUUUAGCAAAAAAAGAUUUCCAUGAAUAUUACGAAAAGGUAAGUUAUGAUUAUGAACUAUUUGGGCUAUCUGACUGUUGGGAAAGUAUACAGGCGUUAUUUCGAAAAUAUGAUAGGCUUUUGCAGAGUGAUAAGGGUGUUGAACAGUUGAAACAGGAGGAAAAUAUUUGUGAUAGUUAUAAUUUAACUAUUCUAGCAAAUCAACAAAGGUUUUUGCUUUAUAAAUUAAGAGAUUAUGCGACGAAUGCUCAAUAUCAUACUCCAAGUGACAUUUUUAAACACUGUACGAGCAUAAAUAACUCAGUUAACAAAGACGAAAAAUGUUUGGAUUUUAAUAUUUAUUAUGAAGGAGAAAAUGAUGACUUUUUAGCUUGGAUUUACCAAACUUGUACAGAAUUAGGCUAUUUUCAUACAGCAACCUCUAAUAAGCUACCUUUUACCAAAAAAAUUCCGCUUAGCUAUUAUACCAACAUGUGUAAAGAGCGAUUUGGUCCAGAAUUUGAUGAUAAAAGAAUUGAUGAUGGCAUUCGCAAUGUGAAUCAAUUGUUCGGUGGGCUAAAUCCUAAUGUUACAAAAGUAGUUUUUACAAAUGGGGAUAUAGACCCUUGGAGUGCAUUGGGUAUCGUCGAAGACCUUUCUGAUGAGGCACCAGCUAUUGUUAUACCGUGCACGUCGCACUGUAAAGAUAUGCAUCCAAGUGAAAUAAACGACAGUGAAGAACUUAGAGAAGCUAGGCGCCGUAUCAAGUAUUUUAUUAAGAAGUGGAUUAAUUAUUAU